CAACACUGACCUGGUUUCAAUUCAGCCAUUAUGGUUGCUUCAGUGUCAUUUUCCUGCUGUUUAUAACAUCUUUGAGGUAAAUAUUUGUUAUUUAUAUAUCUAUUAUAUAUUGCCUGCCUCUCUGCACUGGCUCUCAGAGGAGAGGGGGGCGGAUAUACAGCAUCUCUCAGCCUCCGCCCGCCUCUGUGGCUGUGUCCAAAAUAGUGGAGACAGUGGGAACCGCAGACCGACAGGGGGACAGACAGAGAGUGGGGCGAUGGCCGCCGAUGGAGGAUGCGGGGAAUCGGUGGAUCAGUACCGGGCCGAGUUGGAACGGCUCACCCAGGAAUUGGCCGAAGCGAAUCGGGAGAAGAUCAGGGCUGCGGAGUGCGGUCUGGUCGUCCUGGAAGAGAACCAGGCUCUGAAACAGAAGUAUGGAGACCUGGAGAACGAGCAAGAGACUCUCAGGAAGGAGUUGGAACAAUUACAGGAGGCAUUUGGCCAGGCUUACACCAACCAGCGUAAGGUGGCAGAGGAUGGGGAGACCAAUGAGGAGACGCUGCUGCAGGAGUCAGCCUGCAAGGAGGCCUACUACAUGGGCCGUCUGUUGGAGCUGCAGACGGAGGUGACGCUAAGCCGUUCUGUGGCGUCCAACGCCCAGGCUGAAAACGAGAGGCUCAAUGUGCUCGUGCAGGAGCUACGAGAGAGUAACGACACGCUUGAGCUACAGAGGAACAGAAUGAGGGAAGAGAUCAAGGAGUACAAAUUCAGAGAGACCAGGCUGCUCCAGGAUUACACAGAGCUGGAAGAGGAGAACAUCACCCUGCAGAAACUGGUGUCUACACUCAAACAGAGCCAGGUGGAGUAUGAGGGACUGAAACAUGAAAUUAAGGUAUUGGAGGAGGAGACGGUACUGCUCAACAGUCAGUUGGAAGAUGCAUUACGCCUGAAGGACAUUUCUGAGGGUCAGUUGGAGGAGGCCCUGGAUGCCCUCAAGAGUGAGCGUGAACAGAAGAAUAAUCUGAGAAAGGAACUGGCCCACCACAUUAGUCUGAGUGACAGUGUCUACGGAGCAGGGGCCCAUCUGGCACUCACCGUCACCGGUGUCGAGGGCCUCAAGUUCCCAGAGGAGACCAACGUAACAAACGGCACCAACGGCAGUGCCAUCCCUGCUGCUAAUGGCAACAAUGAGGACAGCAACCGCCGCAACGGCCACCUUCAUACUGGAACCGGAAUGGCUAAGAUGAAUGGGGACUACAGACCAGGCCGGAAAGGAGAAGGCCUGCACCCUGUGCCGGACCUGUUCAGUGAGCUCAACCUGUCAGAGAUGCAGAAGCUCAAACAGCAGCUGCUACAGGUGGAGUGUGAAAAGGCAACGCUGCUCAUGAACCUGCAGGAGUCACAGACCCAGCUGCAGCACACGCAGGGCGCCCUGACCGAGCAGAAUGAGCGGGUCCACCGCCUCACGGAGCAUGUCAAUGCCAUGAAAUGUCUCAAUGGAGACAAAGAGCUUGAUGACUUGCAAGAGAGUGAGAAACCUGACGGUGGCUCGCCACCAGCCAAUGGUCACCGUGAUCCCGAUAUCCAUGGGUUCGAGAUCCUGGAGUGUAAGUACAAGGUGGCAGUGACGGAGGUGAUUGACCUGAAAGCAGAGCUCAAGGCCCUGAAGGAGAAGUACAACCAGGCUGUGGAGGGGCAGGUAGACAACCACAGUGACGACAGGGUCCAGGCACUGAGUGAACAGCAGGUAACUCAUUUGGAGUGUAGUUAUCGUGAGAGCCGCGAGAGGGUGGCAAGCCUGGAGGCAGAGCUUCGAGCAGCCACGAGCACAGCCACAGAGAGUCAGGGCAUGCUGAAUGCAGCACAGGAUGAGCUGGUAACCUUCAGCGAGGAACUGGCACAGCUUUACCACCAUGUCUGUCUGUGUAACAAUGAGACACCCAACCGCGUCAUGCUGGACUACUACCGCCAAAGCCGCGUUACACGUAGUGGCAGCCUGAAAGGCUCAGACGACCCUCGGGCUUUGCUCUCGCCUCGCUUGGCACGACGCCUCGCUGCAGCAUCUGCAGCCUGCUCCUCUGAGUCCCCGCGCAGUCCCAUGGACUCCCCAUCCAAAGACGCCCAUCACAAUGAGACAACAACCAACACAGCAGACUCUUCAUCCUGCCAUAGUAGCCCCACCCGCAACAACACGGGCUCCCCAGUCAUCAGCAUCUCUCCUUGCGCAUCUCCAGUGCCGUCAGAGGCAGGUGGGGACCUGAGGAAGGAGCCCAUGAAUAUCUACAACCUGAACGCCAUCAUCAGAGACCAGGUCAAACACCUCCAGAGGGCUGUUGACCGCUCAUUGCAGCUAUCUAGGCAGAGGGCUGCAGCCAGGGAGCUGGCACCUAUGCUUGAUAAGGACAAGGAGCUGUGCAUGGAGGAGAUACUCAAACUGAAGUCCCUGCUUAGUACCAAGAGAGAGCAGAUAGCCACACUCAGGCUGGUGCUGAAGGCCAAUAAACAGACUGCUGAGGUUGCGCUGGCAAAUUUGAAGAGCAAGUACGAGAACGAAAAGGCGAUGGUGACAGAGACCAUGAUGAAGCUGAGGAAUGAGCUGAAGGCCCUGAAAGAAGAUGCCGCCACCUUCUCAUCUCUCAGGGCCAUGUUUGCCACAAGAUGUGAUGAAUAUGUUACCCAGCUUGACGAGAUGCAGAGGCAGCUGGCUGCAGCAGAGGAUGAGAAAAAGACAUUGAACUCCCUCCUGCGCAUGGCCAUUCAACAGAAAUUGGCCUUGACCCAACGGCUGGAGGAUCUGGAGUUUGACCACGAGCAGACCCAUCGUGGACGUGGCGCUAAAGUACCCAAGAUAAAAAGCAGCCCGCCCAAAAUUGUCAGCAGCCUGCUGUCUCAGUACCGUCACUCUCCCCACAACUAAGGCGAGGGAGAGCCUCCCUAGCCCGCAGUCCUAAAAUUUUGGCCGACCUCCAGGAACACCACGCUGUCUUGUCCAACAGCAGUACCCUUCUCUCCCCCUGCGACCCUCGUAACUGUCUGGCCCAGCAACCCCAGCCCCCUGGCACCUAACCUUGCUGCUCUAGUCCAGGCCUGGGCCUCGGUCUGGAAGGAGUCAUGCAGAGACAGAGACAAUCUAGACGAGGGUUCCCUCAGAUUAACUCCCCUCAACCUAGCAGUCCAACCUGGUGCUUACUGAACUCUGUGACCCCCACCCAAGCGCUACAUGGUCUGGCCCUCGGCAGGCCUCCGGGUUACCUGGGUCGCAGAAGAAGAGCAGGAAGCUCUUUUCUGUUCUGAAAGUGACAUCCUGUCCUAGAAAGGACUGAACUGGGACUCAAAAUGUGACAAAUCACGGGAAUAUUUCACCUUAUUCGUAUUAGUAUUUAUUUAUAAUUUAUUUACUCUAUUGAUUAUUUAUUUACAUAUUGAUUUGUGACAAGUUUCUGAGAUAUUUAUUACUGGAAUGUUUUUUCUGUGUUUGUUGGUCAUUGUUCAAGAAUCGAGAUGUGUUUCACUGACGUGGUGGAGACAACCAAAAGCCAAACUGUGUCAUUGGGAAAGUUCUUUCUGGUCUAUCGAACAAGUUUAAAACUUGUGGCAUUUAAAAUGUUACAUUUUGUCCGUAAUAACAGUCAACAUGUAUGCCAUUUUUACAAAGGUAUUAGAGUACACUGGGUUUGACGGACAGACUAAUGACGGUAAACAUUUUAUUUCAAGGAAAUUGUUUCUUGUGGUGGUGAUGGGUGGAUUUCAACUACCUUCCUAGAGUCACUAGUCUUUCUUGGGAUGCUCGUUUGUUUUUUUUUAUACAUAUGCAUAAAGACUAUUUUAUACCUCCUAUUGUUUUUAUUUAUUUUUACAGCAGAUUCUAGUGACACGGUUGUGUCUGUUAUGUAAUUCAGAUCUCUUCAGAGACUGGGAUAGACGAGAGGUUGAAAGUUUGAGAUCAGGACUAGGGCUGUUGGCCUGGGUUUUUGCCUUUUGAAUUGCACAGGUUUUAAGUGACCGUGGAGUGAACUGACCUCCAUCUUUUUAACAUUAGUUAAAAACAGAGGAUUCUCCAAAUGGCGUGCCUCUUCUACAGUUACCGUCUCUGUCACGUCAGCAUUGUACUCUCACCAUAAAGUAUUCUCUGUCUUCUCUGUGAGCUCUUUCACUGAAUCGGUCACAACCCCAGAAAACUGGUAUUAUCACCUUUACUUCCUCCUUCAAUGACAGUGACAGUAAUCCAACUGACAUUUCUCAAGCUACACUUGUCUGUCAUCCUAACAUCUCCAUGUUUAGCUGUAACUAUAUGCUUCCUCCAAACUGUAUGCAGUAUUGUCUAAGCACAAUUAUGCACUAUGCAUUCUAGCAAUACAGCUAGCACCAGUUGUGAUCUGAAAAAA